ACACAAGUUAAAACCAACCUUCAAAUGUCUAUCGAAAGAGAACGCAAGAAACUCGGGAAUCGGUUGAAUCAUUCAAUCGAUGGGAUUCUUGAACUACAAGACUCCACUGGGUUCCCAGUGUUCGAAACUUUUCAGCGUCUUCCUUUGCGUUCAGGCACUGACUACUACAAGUACAUUAAGAACCCAAUCUCCCUUCACAGUGUGAGACAAAAAGUUAAGAAAUUCGGCUAUACGUCUGGCCAGGAGUUCAUCCAGGAUCUUACCCAAAUCACUUGGAACGCCCGUUUGUACAACCAGCGUCAAUCUCGGGUGUAUACUCAUGCUGUGAUUUUGGAUAACUAUUUGAAAGACAGGAUUAUUCCCAGGUUAGCUCAAGAUAAAUCAGUUAUUGAUCAUGAGCUGUUACAUUAUCCCGACUUGGGUCCACUUCCAGCGGAUGAUGAGCCCUUGGUUCCGUUGGAAAGUGCCACCCCUGACGUUAAGGAUGAAGAUUACGGUGACAACCAAGGAGACGAUGAUGACUAUGAUGAGUAUCAGUCUAUGACACCCCAACCUCGUCGUGAUAUAUACCAAGGUAUGCGCCCUCAAUACAGUUCUCCAUAUGCCCAAUCUUCCAAACACAUCACUGGCCUUGAAACUGGGAUUCGUCGUGGUAGACCUCCAACUGUCGAUAAACCAUACGAAACCCGCAUCAAGUUAAUCUUGAAGAACUUGAAGAAACUUAAGAAUGGACCCGAAGUACCUCUUAACAUCCCCUUCUUUGACCGGUUACCAGAUCGUAACUCGUAUCCUGAGUACUAUAAGGUGGUAUCAGAACCUGUUUCCCUCUUCGAGAUUAAGGGUAAGUUGAGAACUCGUAAGUAUAACAACGUCGAUGAGUUUUUGGCGGAUUUGAACUUGGUAUUCUACAACAAUAAAUUGUUUUAUGGUACCCACUCUGCCCAGAUAUUCCAAGAUCUUAACAUGCUUGAACAAGAAGCCACAAAUAUGAUUGCUCAGGAAUUACAACGGCUGGAACAAGAGUUGAUGGCGUUUGCUGCCCCUGGGGGUGAUGGGAUUGUGAGGUUCCCUCUUGAUUCGCUUGAAGUCAAUGGAUACAUCUACCGGGUUGGAGAUUGGGUGCUUAUUAACAACCCUAAUGAACCCGAUAAGCCUACAGUGGGACAAAUUUUCCGUCUCUGGUCUUUGAAAGAUGGCACCAAGUAUUUCAAUGCAUGCUGGUAUUACCGUGCUGAACAAACUUGUCAUAGGUAUGACCGGUUGUUUUACCUGAAUGAAGUGUGCAAAACUGGACAAUACAGAGACCAUAUAGCUUCUGAAAUUAUAGGGCCAUGUUAUGUGGUGUUUUUGACCAGAUACCAGAAGGGAGAUCUCGAAAAAGGAGUCAUUCCAGAAGGUUCUCCUUGGUUCAUUUGCGAAUUCCGUUAUAACGAGUCUAACCAUGUGUUCAAUAGAAUCAGAACCUGGAGAGCUUGUUUACCAGAUGAAAUAAGAGACCAUCCUGAACCACCAGUGAUUCCAUUACGGGAACCCCGAAAAUUAAUCAAAUACGAGUCCCCAAUUAGGGCAUUACUUCCUAGUGGGGUGGACACUAAUAUGUCUAUCCCCAAUGUGACGGAGGGAGCCCAUCCAAAUGCUCCUCCACUUGUAGGAUCAGUAUACUUGCGGGAACCUGAUAGAGACGAUGACUUGGGACAAUAUUACACCAGUCCUAACGUGACUGCUAGUCCAGAAAAUGAUGAUGUGGUCAACAACAGAAAGGCGUACCUCUUCACGCCUAUUUCCCAGUCAAAGUCGGUAGGGUAUCCUGCCACAAGCUCCAAUGCUGGCUAUGGAUCCAAUGUACCUGGUUAUGGAAGUGCUUAUACCCCUCUGUCUUCCAAUCCCAUGCUCACCGGAGGAGUAUCAAGCUAUUACGCAGCUGCCGGGGCCCCGUCCGUCACAUCGGCGGUGCUCGCUCCACCUGUGGCUAGUGGAUUGGCUCAAUCACCUCCCCAAGAAUUUUAUGACAUGAAUCGGUAUAAACCAACGCCUCCUGCCCCCAAACCAUACAUUGCAGGUCCUCAAAGGCUCCGGUUCGAAGCUCCAACCCGUCGUCAAACCACCCCAAGUGGCUCGGGACAAGCUAAUAACUUUCAUGCCUCUACGUCGAGUCAUUCUAAGGUGCUCCCAGGAGGCACGGUGUCGUACUUGAUAGAAGAUACCGAAAGCCUUGCGGCAGUUAGUGAUGGCAUCACCAAGAGACGGAGAACAGAUGGUUCGGGUGUGACUGAAAUCGUUUGGUAUCGUUCCCCACCGGUGCUUUUGGCGCAACGGCUUGUAUCACAAGAUGCGUCUGUGGUGGGCCAUUCUGCCCGAUAUUUGAACUGGAAGGCAUCACAAGUAUAAACAUCAAAUAAAACCAGUUGGACGAUUAGUUUGUGUACGAUAUACUGGCAUUCAAGGAAUACAUAUAGAAGUCAGACAAGACAAAGCA